UGCAGGAGGCAUAGGACUACAUAGCGGGGGCAAUUGUUCGAACGUUGAAUCGCCCGUCUGCUCAGUGACGCAUCCCGCCAGACCCGCCUGCCGAACACGCGAAGUACGAAUCGGCAAGGCGCGCUGGACACCCGAGCUUAGCGCGCUUCUAGCCCGUGUUCCUGGAUGCCUUCCACCGCCAGUUCGCGAGGCUCGUUAGAAGAGAGACGUGCGAAUUUUGGGGCACCUUUGCGCUCUUUGCCUGCGUUGAGUCACAGUGUGCUUCAUAUUGUAGCAUGUCUCGCCACAGAACCUCUCCAGGUGGUCCUGCUGGUCUGCGUGAUAUGUACUGUCAUCACCAGCACCAGCGCCCUGCAUGGUCGCACUGAUCAUGCUGGCGCCACCUUUGCUACCUCACAUUACACCAGCGUUAAGCUUAACAGCUGCACCUCUCAUCUGAGACCUUCACAGACCUCUCCCGGUUUCAGGCAAUGCUCCUCGAUGAAUUGCACAGAUGUUGCUGGUGUUUGGUACGCCGGCCGCUGCCGCAAAAAGACGGUCAAGAACCCCAUCUGUGCGUUGCACAGCCACCACAUCAGUGCAUCACGCGAAGGCUCGCCACAGAGCCGCAUUGCCGGUCAAUCCACAUGGGCAAGUCCUUGCCUGCUUAUGGCAUCGCCGCGACCUCCACGUUGAGGUGACAAGGCGGAUUUCACGGCUGCGCUGGACGCUUCGCAUGCUGUUGAGCGCCGAAGGUCCGUUGAGCUGCAGAGCGAGCUGCCUG